GCAUCGUGAGGAGGAGGAGGAGGUGGAGCGGCUUGGUGGGCGGCGCCAUCACUCGGGCCCUCACCUCACCUUAUCCCACCGGCUCGCAGCUCUGCCGCUCGUUACCCGUCACCGCCAUGUUGCGGCCGCCGCUCCGUCCCCUCGGCAACUGCUUCAGGCUGCGGCCCAGCGCCGUGACAACCAGCGGGGAGGCGCUGUGCCGGCGGCGACAACACUCCUUGCACCCGGAGUGGGCCGCUCUGGCCGAGAAACAGCUGAAGGGGAAGAAAGCCGAGGAUCUAAUAUGGAGAACGCCCGAAGGCAUCGCCAUAAAACCGCUUUAUACCAAGCGGGACACGGAGGAUCUUCCCGAAGAACUGCCGGGCGUGUGGCCCUACACCCGGGGCCCCUACCCCACCAUGUACACCCACAGGCCCUGGACCAUCCGGCAGUACGCGGGCUUCAGCACGGUGGAGGAGAGCAACAGGUUUUACCGGAAUAACAUCAAAGCUGGUCAACAAGGACUUUCUGUGGCUUUUGACCUUCCUACUCACAGAGGUUAUGACUCGGACAACCCCCGUGUUCGUGGAGAUGUUGGAAUGGCAGGGGUUGCAAUAGACAGUGUGGAAGAUAUGAAGUUGCUGUUUGAUGGAAUUCCCUUGGAAAAGAUGUCUGUUUCCAUGACAAUGAAUGGUGCAGUGCUGCCAGUCUUGGCUAUGUUCAUUGUGACAGGACAAGAGCAAGGUGUACCUGAAGAAAAGUUAACUGGCACCAUUCAGAAUGAUAUACUGAAAGAAUUCAUGGUCAGGAACACUUUCAUUUUUCCACCUGAACCUUCCAUGAAGAUUAUAGCUGAUAUAUUCCAGUAUACUGCAAAACAUAUGCCCCGAUUUAACUCCAUUUCGAUCAGUGGAUAUCACAUUCAAGAAGCUGGUGCUGGUGCUGUUUUGGAAUUGGCUUACACAAUAGCCAAUGGUUUGGAGUAUUGCAGGACUGGCAUCCAAGUUGGACUUAACAUCGAUGAAUUUGCACCACGGCUUUCUUUCUUCUGGGGAAUUGGAAUGAAUUUUUACAUGGAAAUAGCAAAGCUGAGAGCAGCUAGACGGCUUUGGGCAAAUUUAAUAAAAGAAAAAUUUAAUUCUCAGAAUCCAAAGUCUCUACUGCUGAGAGCGCAUUGUCAGACCUCUGGUUGGUCCCUUACUGAGCAGGAUCCACACAACAACAUUAUUCGCACGGCUAUUGAGGGAAUGGCAGCCGUGUUUGGAGGAACUCAGUCACUGCAUACUAAUUCUUUUGAUGAGGCAUUAGGUUUACCAACAGUACAAAGCUCUCGGAUUGCCAGGAAUACUCAGAUCAUCAUCCAGGAGGAAUCUGGUAUCCCAAAAGUUGCAGAUCCUUGGGCAGGUUCAUUUAUGAUGGAGUCGCUAACUAAUGAUGUGCAUGAUGCUGCUCUAGAGCUUAUUAAUGAUAUUGAAGAUAUGGGUGGAAUGGCUAAAGCAGUAGCUGAUGGCCUACCCAAACUUCGUAUUGAAGAGUGUGCAGCGAGAAACCAAGCAAGGAUUGACUCUGGUGCUAAUGUAAUUGUUGGAGUAAACAAAUACCGCCUGGAAAAAGAAGAGCCUAUUGAAGUGUUAAUUAUAGAUAACACUGCAGUACGCGAACAACAGAUUGCAAAACUAAAAAAGUUAAGAGCAACCAGACGUCAAGCAGCAGUUGAGCAGUGCCUGACCGCCAUCACAGAAUGUGCGCAGUCUGGUGAGGGAAAUCUGCUGGAGCUUGCAGUGAAAGCUGUUCGCGAAAGAUGUACAGUUGGAGAAAUUAUAGACUCAUUGAAAGUAGAAUUUGGCGAACAUCAACCUAGCACCCGCAUGGUGAGCGGUGCAUACAAACAUGAGUUUGGCGACAAUGAAGAAAUGUCUGCUGCAAUGGCCAGAAUUGGAAAGUUUGCUGAAAAUGAAGGUCGCCGUCCCCGUCUGCUUGUUGCUAAGAUGGGUCAAGAUGGGCAUGAUCGAGGAGCAAAGGUUAUUGCCACAGGAUUUGCUGAUCUUGGCUUUGAUGUGGAUAUAGGACCAUUAUUUCAGACUCCUCGGGAGGUAGCGCAGCAGGCAGUGGAUGCAGAUGUGCAUUGUGUUGGUGUCAGCACUUUGGCAGCUGGCCACCGAACUCUUGUGCCUGAGUUGAUAAAAGAGCUUAGUGAUCUUCAACGCCCUGAUAUUUUGGUCAUCUGUGGUGGUGUGAUUCCUCCUCAGGAUUAUGAUGCCUUGUUCAAGGCAGGUGUUUCCAGUAUCUUUGGCCCAGGUACUAGAAUUCCCGUUGCUGCUGUGCAAGUGCUUGGUAACAUUGAGAGAAAUUUAGUCAAGAGACAACAAUCAUUGUGAACAUCACUGGCAUGAUCUCACCUUUGCAGUACUUUCACCAUCAAGGCAGAAGUUUAUGGGUUCAGAUUUGAGGAAAAACAUCCGGGCUGAUCCUCCAGUACAGAAUUAAGAGUGCUGCACUGAUAAACAUGGUGGUCCAGGUAAAGUUUAAGGCAGCAAUAGAUCCUCAUGAUGAGCAAGAAAAUGUACCCUUGUCCUGCCAAAAUUUGUUUUGUACAAUAUUAUCUGGUCGUUAUCAUGUUGUGCACAGCAGGCAUCCAUGAAGAACAAGGUUCUGCUUCCACUUGAUACUGUAAAGAGCCUUGGGACAUUCUGAUAUGAAUGUGAACAGUGCUACAUGAAAAGUGCUUCAAAUAUUACUCUGAAUUAUAUCAUUGUAACAGAAUUAUAUUUCAAUGUUCUAAUAUGGGUGAGUGGCAUUUCAGAAUAAAACUAUUUUGACU